CGAGGUCUGAGAGAGCACAGCUGUCGGUAGGAGACCUGACGUAUCGUACCUGUAUGAAAAGUCAAAGUGAUCCGUUCAGCAUGGCGACAGUGUACUAGUAUCCAGCGACUGAGGAAGUGUACAUGUACAUGUAUUCGUCAUAGACAUUCCAUUUCAUCACAUGGAUAAUGAAAUUUAGACAGAGAAUUGCUUGGCUUCUACUGUUGUUGUACCUAAUGGUAACUUUAGUCGCAGUGUAUUACAUCUUUGAAAUCAGUGAACAGUUCAACAGCCUGGCUCUCAAACAUGUGCAAGACUAUCACGAUGUAGAUGUGGACAAAAGUGAUAAAUUAAAAGACAGGGCAGGACUUCAUAAAAAGGAAUCUGACUCUAGUAAGGGACACAGUUCAAUGUGGACUCACUUGACAGAUGUCCCUAUGGCUGUUUGGAUUGCUGCGUGCCUCAUUCCAUACUUGCAGAUAUUUUUUGUGAUCUUGACUUGCACCAAGUCUGAACCGAAGCUGUCGGUGACAUUGCUGUGGCCAGUGUAUAUAUACCUAGGUCUGAGAGAGACGUUGUGUGGAGAGCGGGGAUUAGGAGUCUCAAAAGCUGUGAAUUCACCAGUUAGUAAUGGACAUAUAUUAGUGGAUACAUAGCAGUUGCUUUAGAAAAUGCUCAAUUACUUACCAGUAUGUGUAUAGAGUAUCAGUUGGGAAUAGUGUAUUUCCACACUUAACAUGAUAUAAAGAUAAAGCUAAGAAGACUGUUAUAUAUAUAUAUUUUAUAUAUAUAUAAAAUCUAAAUUUACCAAAUGGUGAAAGUGGGUGAUAAUGUUACUUUAGCAGGGGCGGAUUUAGGCCGUCUUCUGGGUCUUCUGAAAGGCAGUCAGAUUUGCAAGUUUACAUUGACGGC